AUGAAGAUCUUCUUCGGCAUAAUCACCCUCUCACUCGCUCUAAUCUCCGGCAUGACCGUCACCACCGGCCCGCCGCAACAAAUCUCGGCACGGAACCCUCAAAAGCCCGCCGACCACGACCUGUCUUACUUCUCGUCGGCCCUCGAGGCCCUGAGAAAGCCCGCUCUGACGGCCCUAAACCUCUCUUCUUCGGGCCGUCAGAAGCCCGGCCCGGACAGUGACCCCGCCGGCGAUAUACUCGAGGCCGCGCGGCGGACGGAAAACGCGCGGUGGGUCCGUGGCUUGCGGCGGAGGAUCCACGAGAACCCGGAGCUGGCCUUCGAGGAGCACGAGACGAGCGCACUCGUCCGCCGCGAGCUGGACGGGCUCGGGGUGGCGUACCGGUUUCCGGUGGCGGGGACGGGUAUCCGGGCGGCUGUGGGAACCGGCGAGCCGCCGUUCGUGGCCAUCAGGGCCGAUAUGGAUGCUCUGCCUAUUCAGGAAGCUGGUGAGUGGGAUCACAAGAGCAAGAACGCGGGAAAAAUGCACGCUUGCGGGCACGAUGCACACGUGGCAAUGCUGCUCGGAGCCGCUAAAAUAUUGAAAGCACGAGAACACCAUUUGAAGGUUCGUUUGAUUUUUUUGCCCCGUUAA